GCUGAACCGUCCCAGACUCGAUGUGGCACUGAAGCAGUGACCGUGCCGACAAGAGGACGCGUUGAUGUAGUCACUCGAAGUCUACUUGUCCUGCCUGAAGGAGUUGAGAGGACAAACACCCAGAGUUGGUUACUGUGUCCAAAGGGAAGCGUUCUUUCUGAAGAUGUGACUGUGACGUUUCCAACAAAUGUGGUUCAGGGAUCAGCCAAAUGCUCUGUUUCUGUCCUUGGAGACAUAAUGGGUCGUGCGCUGAAGAAUCUGGACAAGUUAUUACAGAUGCCAUCUGGCUGUGGAGAGCAGAAUAUGAUUCUUCUUGCUCCCAAUAUUUACAUCUUGCUGUACCUGGAAGUCACGGGGCAACUCAAUGCAGCCAUCCGAGAGACUGCCAUAGGCUACCUUCAGAGCGGAUAUCAAGGACAACUGAACUACAGGCACAGUGAUGGAUCAUUCAGCACAUUUGGUUAUGAUGCAUCCAAUACAUGGUUGACUGCCUUUGUCCUGAGGUCUUUUGGUCUAGCGAAGCGCUUUGUCUUCAUUGAUCCGAAUGUCCUUCAGAGUGCAAAGGACUGGAUAAUAAGCCAGCAGGGUUCAAAUGGCUGUUUCACACAACAGGGAACUUUGUACCACAAUGAAAUGAAGGGUGGAGUUGGGGAUAAUGUGACCAUGACCGCCUACAUUGUUGCAUCUCUGCUCGAACUAGGUGUCCCUGUCACGGAUCCUGUCAUCACCAACGCUCUGUCAUGCUUGAGGCCUGUCGUUGGGAACUUGAGAAACACUUACGCCACGGCUCUGCUGGCCUACACCUUCAGUCUUGCUAGAGAGACCAGCACUCGAUCACAACUUCUAACCUCCUUAAACAACCUUGCCGUUUCUGAAAGCACAAAGCUGCAUUGGUCUCAGACUUCAUCUGGUGAUACUCUGGCGGUGGAGAUCAGCUCUUACGUGCUGCUAUCGGUUCUCACUGAACAGCCUCUCACAACGGCAACUCUGGGCUAUGCUAACCGCAUUGUCAACUGGCUCGUGACCCAACAGAAUCCCUUUGGAGGCUUCUCCUCCACCCAGGACACUGUGGUGGCUCUUCAUGCCCUGUCUGUGUAUGCUGCUAAAGUGUUCAGCGUGGAGGGCUCCAGCACUGUUACUGUACAGUCCUCGGUGGUAGGAGGAGAGUCUUAUAGCUUUACAGUGAAUCGGGACAACAGGCUGCUGUAUCAGGAGAAGCCGUUGACGAAUGUUCCUGGCAAAUAUAGUGUUAAAGCAUCAGGUUCCACUUGUGUGUCUGUGCAGGUUGCAUGUUUCUACAACAUUCCGACACCCAUUAAAGCUGCCAGGACGCUGAGCAUCGAAGCAAAGGUGAAGGCAGACUGCCGACCGCUUGGAGCCAAUCUCAUGUUGAACUUCACAGUGAAAUACAAUGGAGCCAAAGCAACUACUAACAUGGUUCUAGUGGAUGUUAAACUCCUGUCAGGCUUCACAGCUGAUACGUCACUGCUUGGAUCUCCACCCCAGUCGUUCGCCCCACUGGUGGAGCGGGUUGAUUCUGAAGAUGAUCGUGUCCUAGUGUAUCUGAAAGAGGUUCCCAAAGGCGUCCCGACUUACACUCUGCAGCUGAAACAGGUUGUUGCAGUGAAAAAUCUCAAGCCAGCGGUCAUCAAUGUUUAUGACUACUAUCAGACAAGUGAUGCAUUUGAGACGACCUACACAUCCCCCUGUCAAUGAUUGUGCUAUAGGACAAAAAUGAAA